GCACGGGAGACAGCACGUUUCCACUAACGAUACGGUUCCUCUAUCCCCACACGCCCAGCCCUGCGAUGCUCCCACCCGACAAAGGGUCGAACACAUCGCCACCCGGCUCCCCAUGACAGCAGACUUCAACUAUGGUGCAGAAGUCCCGCAACGGCGGAGUUUAUCCGGGUCCUACCGGGGAGAAAAAGCUCAAAGUCGGCUUUGUUGGGCUGGAUGCUGGGGCUGGCGAUUCAAACAGAGACGGGGCAUUGCUCAUAGCAGGUUCCGAAGCUACGAAGCGGGGCAGCAUCUUAAGCAAGCCUAGGUCUAGCAUCUCAGGCACGGGGAAGCCACCGAAGAGAAAUGCCUUCUAUCGAAGACUGCAGAAUUUCCUCUACAAUGUACUGGAAAGACCGAGAGGAUGGGCGUUUAUAUAUCACGCUUAUGUUUUUCUGUUGGUGUUCUCCUGCCUGGUUCUCUCUGUGUUCUCCACAAUCAAGGAGUAUGAAAAAAGCUCAGAAGAUGCCUUGUAUAUUCUGGAAAUCGUGACCAUUGUGGUGUUCGGAGUGGAGUACUUCGUGAGGAUCUGGGCCGCGGGGUGCUGCUGUCGCUACAGAGGAUGGAGGGGGAGGCUGAAAUUCGCCCGCAAACCCUUCUGCGUGAUCGACAUCAUGGUGUUGAUCGCCUCCAUCUCAGUGCUGGCGGCGGGGACCCAGGGGAACGUCUUCGCCACCUCUGCCAUCCGCAGUUUAAGGUUCCUGCAGAUUCUGCGGAUGAUCCGGAUGGACCGCCGGGGUGGGACCUGGAAGCUCCUGGGGUCUGUCGUUUAUGCCCACAGCAAGGAGCUGAUCACAGCUUGGUAUAUCGGCUUUCUGUGCCUCAUCCUGGCUUCCUUCCUGGUAUAUCUGGCUGAGAAAGAUGAAAACACUCAGUUUGAGACCUACGCAGACGCGCUGUGGUGGGGACUCAUCACUCUGACUACAAUAGGCUAUGGUGAUAAGCAUCCCAUAACCUGGAACGGACGACUUCUUGCGGCAACCUUCACCCUCAUCGGAGUGUCUUUCUUUGCACUUCCAGCUGGAAUCCUAGGGUCUGGGUUUGCCUUGAAGGUCCAGGAGCAGCACAGGCAGAAACAUUUUGAAAAAAGGCGGAAUCCUGCUGCAGGCCUGAUCCAGGCUGCAUGGAGGUUUUAUGCCACGAACCUCUCGCGGACGGACCUGCAUUCGACAUGGGAUUACUACGAGCGAACUGUAUCUGUGCCUAUGUACAGGCUCAUCCCUCCUCUGAAUCAGCUGGACCUUUUGCGGAAUCUGAAAAGCAAAUCUGGAUUGUCCUUCAGGAAGGAGGCCCAGCCAGAGCCCUCUCCCAGUAAUGAGAAUUCAUGCAAAGAGACCCUUUGUGGGUGCUGCCCUGGACAACAUAGCAAUCAGAAGGUCAGCCUGAAGGAGAGGGUGUUCUCCAGUCCCCGGAGCUCCGGGACCAAAGGGAAAAGCUCUCCCCAGGGGCCCGGGCAGGGGCAGGGCCAGGGAAUGCGCAGGUCCCCCAGUGCUGACAACAGCAUGGAGGACAGCCCCAGCAAGGUGCCCAAGAGCUGGAGCUUCACCGAGCGCAACCGUGCCAGGCAGGCCUUCCGCAUCAAGGGCAGCGCGUCCCGGCAAAACUCAGAAGAAGCCAGCCUCCCCGGAGACGACAUUGUCGAUGACAAUAAGAGCUGCCAUUGCGAGUUUGUUGCACAAGACUUAACCCCAGGAUUAAAAGUUACAAUCAGGGCUGUGUGCAUUAUGAGGUUCAUGGUCUCAAAGAGGAAGUUCAAGGAGAGCCUGAGGCCUUAUGAUGUGAUGGAUGUCAUCGAGCAGUAUUCGGCUGGACACCUGGACAUGCUGUCCCGAAUCAAAAACCUGCAGUCCAGGAUAGACUUGAUUGUGGGUCCCCCAAUCUCAACUCCCCGCCAUAAGAAGUAUACCAUCAAGGGACCCAAAGAGUCUCCCCAAUACUCUCCUAGAGUUGACCAGAUUGUUGGCAGGGGAGGUCAGGUAACGGAUAAGGAGCGUCCCAAAGGCACAGCGGAGGGAGAGAUCCCGGAUGACCCCAGCAUGAUGGGCCGACUGGGCAAAGUGGAGAAACAGGUGGUUUCCAUGGAGAGGAAGCUGGACUUCUUGGUCAACAUCUACAUCCAGCGCAUGGGUAUCCCCCAGUCUGAGACUGACGCCUACUUUGGGUCCAAGGAGCCUGACCCGGCGCCUCCUUACCACAGCCCUGUGGAGAACCGACAGAUGGACAAGAACGGACCCUUUGGUAAGAUGAUCCACUCCGGCAGCUCGGCCGGCCAGAAGAACUUCGAUCCUCCGCCGGGCAACACCCAGGGCCACUGUCCUCCCUCCACCUCCUGGCAGCAGCACCCCAGCCAGGGCAGCUCACCUGUGGGAGACCCGUCCCUCGUCCGGAUCCCGCCUCCCCCGGCCCACGACCGCUCCUCCACAGGCCACAGCGGGAGCCACCGGGGGAUGUCGGAUCCCCUGCGUCUGGAACAGCAGCACCAGCAGCAGCUGGAGAGGGACAGCGCCCUGAGGGACAGCGACACGUCCAUCUCCAUCCCCUCCGUGGACCACGAGGAGCUGGAGCGCUCCUUCAGCGGCUUCAGCAUCUCCCAGUCCAAGGAGAACGUGGACUUCCUCAACAACAGUGCUUACUUCGGCGGGGUGGCGCUCUGCGCCAAGGUCCGGCCCUACAUCGCUGAGGGUGAGUCGGACACCGACUCUGACCUCUGCACCCCCUGCCCCCCGUCACCACACUCGACCGGAGAUGCAGUCUAUGGGGACAGGGGCUGGUCAGGCUCCAAGUAGGCCCAAAAAUUGGGACUACUGGUCCCAAGCAUGCCCCGGAGACCAUAUCUGGAAGUGUCUCCUGUAAGGGAGAAGACCGCAUCCUAGCAGGCUCCUGUGCUUCAGUCCACCUGGUGAACGCUGGAAUGACUGUUGAAACUACUGCAAUGACUGCUAAAAGGAAUGAUGAAGCAACUUCUGCAGUGACCAGGCCGCAGUCUUGGCUGUUUCUACCCAUCAGAAGUCCUCUUAUAGUUUGAGACAUUCGGGUAAACCUCACGAAAGGCACAUAUACUGUACUCUGUGGACUGUGUCUGCACGGUGUUUUUGAGGUAUCCCCAUGUCCCUGUGACAGACUGUUUGCGUUGCCCCCCGAAUGUAUGCGGCAAACUUCAGAAGCAUUCUUUCGUUUAAGGAGCAGGAAGAUCGCCAUUCAUUCAGUCACAAUUACGAAUGAUGAGAUGUGAUGAAAGAUGUUCAGGAGAUUUCAUGGCCAUGCACUUUCUCAUCACCAUCGACAUUAUCUUCAGUUAUGUGACGCAACACACAAGUCAGACAGCCACUUCGGAGCUCAUUUCUGGAUUUGCCUGUCUUAACCCAUGGCAACACAAUCACCAAAAAAAAAUUGAUAAAUUGUUCCUUGCAAAUAUAUACUACUGUGUAAACUACGGUUAUGCACCAGCUAGCAAUGCAUUAGAGCCCUGUUCUUC